CCCAAACUCACACUCUUUCCAUUUCACCUUCAUUUGAAAACUCCGUUACUCUCUCUCUCUCUCUCUCUCUCUCUCUCUGCGCCAUGGGAACAGAGCUUCUCUGCUCGCAAGCUUCUUCUCUUUGUCAUCUUCGCCGGGAACUUGAGGCGUUGCCAGCACUAGUUUUCGUUCUCUGCUUUUACUUCGCCUUUCGCUAAAUGCGGUUCGUACAGUUCCUUGGGUCUGGCGUUUGUGCACUCUGUAAAUUUUUUGAUUAAUUGAAGCAUGUGUGGUGUCCUGGAGCAGUUAAGUCCUGAGUCUCCAGUUCCAUUAUCUUCUCAGGAAACCGAGUCUGUGAAUAAACCCAUGGCUAAUCCGAUCAAAGUACUUGAAACUGAACAUUCUUUCUGCAGUUUGCUUGAGCUUGCGGCUGAUAAUGAUGUUGAGGGCUUUAAGCAAUCUAUUAGUGAGGCUUCUAUUGUUAAUGAAAUUGGACUCUGGUAUGGUCGCGACAGGGCUUCGAGACGAAUGGUUCUUGAGCAUAGGACCCCAUUAAUGGUUGCUUCUAAAUAUGGUAGUGUUGAUGUUGUGAAACUGAUUCUUUCUCUUUCAGAGGCAGAUGUAAAUUGCUCUCCCUGUGGAGAUAAGAGCACUGCUCUUCACUGUGCUGCUUCUGGUGUGUCUGAAAACGCUGUUGACACUGUCAAGAUUCUUCUGCUGGCUGGUGCAGAUCCCAAUGCUAUUGAUGCCAAUGGAUGCUGCCCUUUUGAUGUUAUUGUUGCUCCUCUGAAUUGUUCCAAUCUGAAGGUUGUGCUUCAAGAGCUCUUACAAUAUGAUGGCUCAGCCUGUCAGCUGGAUCUCCAUGUUUCAAAUGUUUGCUUUAGAUCUAGUUCACCAUCUCUGUCAUCGUCUCUGAAAAAUGCUUCCUUACCAUCAUCCAUCCCUGAUUCAACAUGUAAUUCUGAUGAUAUUCAUGUUUCUUCAGCACCUGAAAAGAAAGAAUACCCUGUCAAUCCUUCACUUCCCAACAUCAAGAAUAGUAUUUAUGCUACGGAUGAGUUUCGGAUGUUUUCAUUCAAGAUCCGGCCUUGUUCACGAGCCUAUUCACAUGAUUGGACUGAAUGCCCUUUUGUGCAUCCUGGAGAGAAUGCAAGGAGAAGGGACCCGAGGAAGUUCCACUAUAGCUGUAUGCCAUGCCUGGAUUAUCGAAAAGGAACAUGUAAGCGUGGAGAUUUAUGUGAAUAUGCUCAUGGGGUGUUUGAGUGCUGGCUACAUCCAGCACAAUAUAAGACUCGACUCUGCAAAGAUGGCAUGAGUUGCUUACGCCAGGUUUGCUUCUUUGCCCACAAACCUGAGGAAAUGCGACCUGUGUAUGUUUCUACUGGAUCUGCCAUGCCAUCCCCUCAUUCAGCCACCUCUGCUGCUGCUUUCAUGGACAUGGCUGCAGCCUUGAACCUCCUACCUGGCUCCCCCAAAGCAGUGCAGGCUAUGCUACUUUCUCCCUUUUCUCCACCCAUAUCUCCUGGUAAUGGUAUUUCUGACUCUUGCAUGGCAUGGCCUCAGAAAAAUAUCCCCAGUUUGCAUCUCCCAGAGAGCAAUCUUCGAGCAAGCCGUUUGAGAUCUUCUCUUAAUGCAAAAGAUAUUCCUACUGAAGAGGUUAACCUGUUGCAUAAUUUUGAACUGCAACAACAGCAGCCCCUUCAUGAUGUGUCUUCCUUCUCGCAGUCAUACAUCAAUACUUCCUCUGUGAGUCGUCCUCUCCAUCCAGAAACCUUGACACCUUCAAAUCUAAAUGAGCUUUUCUCUGCCCAGGUCUCAUCCCCUCGAUUUACUGACCAUCUUGUGAAUUCAUAUGCUUUCUCCCCGUCAAAUAAACCAGCAGUUUGCAAUCAACUCCAGCAGCAACAAACAAUUUUAUCUCCUAUCAGAACAAAUGCAUUUUCCCCAAGGACUUUUGAGCAGAAUCUCUUGCAAGCUUCAUUUGAUUUUUCCUCACCGAGGAUGAUGUCAUAUCGAAGCAUAGAGCCUCUAUCUCCAAUAGGCUCUAGGGUUUCUGCUCUUGCUCAGCAUGAGAAGCAGAAGCUGCAACAGCUUUACAGCUUCAGCGCACGUGAUGUUGGAUCUAACCUCCCUCAUGAACUUGGAUCUAAUGGUGCUGUUGGCUCCCCUGUACCUUCUUUGUCCAAAUGGGAGUCUGCCAAUGGGAAACUAGAUUGGUCUGUUCAAACAGAUGAACUGGGCCAUCUAACCAAAUUCUGUUCUGGUGAACAUAAUGUGGAAGAGCCUGAUGUUUCCUGGGUUCAAUCUCUGGUGAAGGAAUCACCAUAUGACGUAAAGGAAGUAGCAUCUGCUCCAGAAUCAGGCACACUGCUGUCCAUUGAUUGCUCUAAUUGAAUACCUCCCAGUGAAAAUAAUGAUCAUUCAGUUCCCAAAGCUUGGAUUCAGCAGUUGCAGGUACAUCAACUUGUUGCACAGUGAAAAUGAAACCAUUUUUACUGAGAUCUAGUUACAACAGAAUUAUAUGUUCUUUUAGUUGGUGGCUAAAGUGGCAGUUAAGAAGGUAACAGUAACAAACAAUAGAAGGAAAGGACUGGACAAAGCCAAAAGAAAAGUAUCAUCAUCGUAUACCCCAUUUUUUAAAUUUAUUAAUUUUACAGAAGUCAAGAAGGGAUGAAAAUUCCCAUUUGGGUUACGCGAAGACCAUCCCAGGUUGUGGAACUUCUCUCCCAAGUCUAUCAUAAUUUAAUUAUUUCAUUUCCCCCUUAAAUUAUUUGUUCAUUAAAUAUGUUACAUGCUUCAUCAAGGGGAAGCAAAAACUGCAGAAGCAUUUGCCCUGCCAGUAUGGUUUUCCGAAUAAUUAUCGGGAACUUUUUUCCUUUUUCCAAUCUCAGAUACAUCUGUAAUACUGUAAAACAGAAUUGAGGAAGAAAUGUAUUCCUUUUUUUUUUAUUUAUCCCUGUGUUCUAUCAAUGCUUUGAGAUGGUCCUUGUACGAACUAGAACAUAUUCUGUCAAGAAAGAGAAAGAUGGCACUGCAGAUGUGUCCCAUAUCUGAAUGAAUUAUUUUAGAGGCA